CCCUCUCUCUCUGCCACAGCGCAAAGCAUAAGUAGCGAGAUGUCAGCCCUCUUUGGCCAUCGAUCGGCAAUUCAGGUCAUUCUCCCCUCACGAGGCUUUGCGAGUACGUCUCUGGCGCUGGCAGGCUACAAGAUCAAGACGCAUAAAGGCACGGCGAAGAGAUGGACAGCUCUUGCGUCAGGUCUUUUCAAGCGUGGCAAGGUGGGAAAGCGACAUCUCAACGUGACACUCACACCAGAACGACGUCAGAGACUGGGCGGCAUCGCGUAUGCCAACGCUUGGGAGACGAGGCAUCUGCGCAAACUGCUGCCCUACUACAAGUCCGCCUGAACUGGCGAACGUGAGGAGGUCCGUUCGAUAUCGCUUGGGCGAUGCAGGCCGGCGUCGUCACGGGAUCCUCUUUCGCGACCCGUUUGCUGCAUCGCGACCGCCAUCAAGCGGAAGAGAGCUUUGGUCUGCUUCUGCUGACGAGUCGCGCAAACAUGGUCAGAUAUACGAUGCGACAGAGUCCCUGUGCCCUGGGCUGCACAAUCGUCUUGCUCCUCGUGCUCGCCUUUGUCAUCAUGACCGUCACGCAGACCAGGCAUAGCUCGAUGCCGGCCGAAUUCGAACAAGGCCACUCGCAAGCCGCGUCUGCGAAACCUGCCAACGACAUGGAGACGCACACUGUGAUGAAUCUGCCAGAAGAAGGCGAUCGAGCAAGCAAUGCCUCAGCUUGUCGAUCCAUUGAUCCUAAUUGCAAAUCUCAGUUGAUGCUUAGCACCUCUCGCAGCGAGCUAGAGGAAUGGCUGCGAAGUCAUGCCAGCCCGAUGGCACUCGCAAGCCCUCUCGCUGCGCGUUUGAGCACUUGGCAAGCUGUACCGCCGGCAGAAACCGCCACUUUCGUAGCGAUCAAUCGUCUGCAAUGCUCCUCUGCCAAAAUUGCGCAUAAUGUGCAAGACGAGAUGGGAUUGGCAGAAGUGUGGGCUUCACUGUCUGCUGCAGAGCUCGCAUCCAUGCGCGAAGAUCUCAUCGACUCUCUUGGCGCCGUGACGCAAGCUCGCGUCGGCGGAUCUGGCAAAGGAAGAGGCAUCGUCAUGAUCGUAGCGCCAGAUCAAUUCGAUCAAGCCCUCAUCACGCUACGUAUGAUCAGAAGGUACGGCGCAGACCUCAGCAUCGAGAUAUUCAGCUACGAGACUGAAGUAACGCCGAGCGGUCAUCUACACGAACUCAGAGAGCUCAACGUGUACUUGCGAAAGCUGACAGGCGUCUCACGCUGGCCUGACUACCGCGGCUUAUCCACUCAGAUCAGAGCCUCAGCGAUCAUCGAUUCGAGCUUUGACGAAGUGCUCAUGAUCGAUGCAGACACUCUGCCCUUGCAAGAUCUAGGCGGGACAGGCACAGACCACUCGGACGUAUACAUCUUCGAAUCAAUUGCUUACAGGCGGCUCGGCGUCAUGAUCUGGCCACUUGCUCGCAAACAGCCUCCACAUAAUCCCGUUUGGCAGCUUCUAGGCGUUCCUUGUCGCAACGAAUGGACAGCCGACUCGAGCGUGCUGCUCAUCGACAAGACGAGACACAUCGACGUGCUGCGCCUGAUCGAGCAGAUAAGCCUAGGACCCCAUGCGGCUACUUGGACGACGCUCGUAGGAACAUCAGGAGACGCCUUCCGCUUUGCGUUGCUCGCGCUUCGAAAGCGGUGGGCUGUGCCUGGCAAAGCCUUCGGAUUGCUGCACAGCGCGAGUCGAAGCGGCUCAUGCAGACAGGCAUUGCUGCAUUAUGAUCACCGCGGUCUUCCGAUCUUUGCCCAUCUCGGCCUGUCGCCUGUCAAAAAUCUGACGGAGCAAGCCGUCUGGAACCGUGCUACCUUUAUGGAUGUCGGGCGCGAACGAAGCACCGAUCUCGACAUAGAUGCAGACCAUCUGGUCGAUGCUGCGCUAGAUGGCAGUACGCAGACGACUCGGCAUGAUCAGCCUGUCUUGCGCUCCCGAGCAGCUCUCGAACUCGGUCUAUCCUUGACCUCUUCUUGCGGAGGUACAGCGUGCUGCUUCGAGCUAGCAUUCAGACAGCCUUUGCAAGUCACAACCGACGAGAUAGACUGGCGCAAUCCACUGCGGACAGAGUCAGUGCAAGCUCAUCCGAUAUUGCGACAAUUCUCGCAGCAUUACUUUGCAGCUGCGCCAAAGUACAACAACACGCUCAGCUAGAAUGCAUCAUGUUGAGCUGCCUGCUUGCUCGAGUGCUCCCACCAGACCGUCGAGAGAGGAGCGGUCGAACAGCAUGAGCGUGCCAAACAUUUCUACUCCGAAAUCGAGACCCUCUGCUUCUUGCGUUCUUGCUGGGGCUUGCUGGUACGCAAAAUCGAGCACAUGUUUUGCGUUUUGCGCGAGUAUCUCAUCUUCGACGUGAUAAGGGUACAACUGGGCUUCCUGAGCUUGCUUCUUGGGCGUCUUGGCUUUCCGACGC